GACUCCGAAGAGCUGAUGGCUACCGAUAGUGCCUUUGACGUCCUGGGCUUCACCGCUGAAGAAAAAGUGGGCGUCUACAAGCUGACGGGCGCCAUCAUGCACUACGGGAACAUGAAGUUCAAGCAGAAGCAGCGCGAAGAACAGGCUGAGCCUGACGGGACUGAGGCCACGGAUAAAUCCGCCUACUUGAUGGGUCUCAACUCGGCCGACUUGGUCAAGGGGCUGUGUCACCCCCGAGUGAAGGUUGGCAACGAAUAUGUCACCAAAGGGCAAAAUGUCCAACAGGGGACCUUGGAAGAUCAAAUCAUCCAGGCCAACCCUGCCUUAGAAGCCUUCGGCAACGCCAAAACUUUAAGGAACGACAACUCAUCCCGUUUUGUGAGUGCUCCCAAUCUAAAGUUGGAUUUGAGCGGAGAAGGCGGGAAGGGCAAAGGAUCCAAGAAGAAGGGCUCCUCCUUCCAGACGGUCUCGGCGGUUCACCGGGUACGAGGCGGGAACCCCCGGGACGAGAAAGAUGGCUUCCAGCUCGCCUACGAGAACCUCAACAAGUUGAUGGCCAACCUCAAGACCACACACCCUCAUUUUGUGCGGUGCCUCAUCCCCAAUGAGCGAAAGGCUCCCGGUAAUCCAGUGUUUUUCAAGGCAGGGCUCCUGGGUCAUCUCGAAGAGUUGCGAGAUGAACGGUUGUCCCGGAUCAUUACCCGCAUCCAAGCCAGGGCAAGAGGUCAACUCAUGCGCAUUGAGUUCCGGAAGAUCAUGGAGCGCAGGAUCGAAGAUGAAGAGGAGAUGAACGCCGAACUCACCGCCAAGAAGCGGAAGCUGGAAGAUGAAUGUUCGGAGCUGAAGAAAGAUAUAGAUGACCUGGAGUUGACCUUGGCCAAGGUGGAGAAGGAGAAGCACGCCACGGAGAACAAGGUGAAAAACCUGACAGAAGAAAUGGCCGGUCUGGAUGAGAUCAUCACCAAGCUGACCAAGGAGAAGAAAUCCCUCCAGGAGGCUCACCAACAAGCCUUGGAUGACUUCCAGGUUGAAGAAGACAAAGUCAACAGCCUGAGCAAAGCCAAGAUGAAGCUGGAACAACAAGUGGAUGAUGUGAGUGGACCAAGGCCACAGGGGAAAGAGUUUGAUAUCCACCAGCAGAACAGCAAGAUUGAAGACGAGCAAGCCCUGGCUUCCCAGCUGCAGAAGAAACUCAAAGAACUCCAGGCACGAAUUGAGGAGCUGGAAGAGGAGAUGGAGGCGGAGCGCGCGGCCCGCGCCAAGGUGGAGAAACAGCGCUCGGACCUUUCGCGAGAACUGGAGGAGAUCAGCGAGCGUCUGGAGGAGGCCGGAGGCGCCAACUCGGUGCAGAUCGAGCUGAACAAGAAGCGGGAGGCCGAGUUCCAGAAGAUGCGGCGCGACCUGGAAGAGGCCACGCUGCAGCAUGAGGCCACGGCGGCCACUCUGCGUAAGAAGCACGCGGAUUCCGUGGCUGAGCUGGGCGAGCAGAUCGACAACCUGCAGCGGGUGAAGCAGAAGCUGGAGAAAGAGAAGAGUGAGCUGAAGCUCGAGCUGGACGACGUGGCCUCCAACAUGGAGCAGAUUCUGAAGGCCAAGGCAAAUUUGGAGAAAAUGUGCCGGACCAUCGAGGACCAGUCGACGGAUCACCGCGCCAAGUUUGAGGAGACACAGAGGACCCUCAACGACACAAACACCCAGCGAGCGAAACUGCUCACCGAAAAUGGGGAACUCGCCCGACAGCUUGAAGAGAAAGAGGCCCUCGUUUCCCAGCUGACUCGCGGGAAACAAUCCUACACACAACAGAUGGAGGACCUCAAAAGACAACUGGAAGAGGAGACCAAGGCCAAAAACGCUCUCGCGCACGCCCUUCAGUCCUCCCGCCAUGACUGCGACCUUCUGAGGGAACAGUACGAAGAGGAGAUGGAAGCCAAAGCUGAGCUCCAGCGUGUCCUCUCCAAGGCCAACUCGGAGGUGGCCCAGUGGAGAACCAAGUAUGAAACGGACGCCAUCCAGAGGACGGAGGAGCUGGAGGAGGCCAAGUAA